AUGUCGUACUGGGGCUACUCGGGCUGCGUGGAUAAGGUUACGUGGGAGGUGCACCGUGCGGUUACCGGUUUCGCCAGGCCGUGGGUCACUUCGCUUUGGGGCGGCGUUAUCGCGGAUAAAGAUAGGCCAUGGGUGGAGGAGCAAUUAGACUGCCAGUUCCGCUCCCCCAACGGCUCUCUCGCCCCGCCCAGCCUGUGGUACAGCAUCAACUUCUUCCCCUUCAAGUCAAUAUUCGGGUUGCGCGCGUGCCUGGAUUUUGGCGCGGCCUUCCCCGCGCAGAUGGCACAGAUGAUCGCCACAGGCCGCGCCGUCAGCUCCCCCGCCGUCCUUGCACCAAAUGGACGGCUUGGAUUCCGUGAGUUGAGAGAGUUGGGGAUGAGAUGCGGAAGAGACGGGGAAGAGACGGGGAAGAGACUGGGAAGAGACGGGGAAGAGACUGGGAAGAGACGGGGAAGAGACUGGGAAGAGACGGGGAAGAGGCGGGGAAGAGACUGGGAAGAGACGGGGAAGAGACGGGGAAGAGACGGGGAAGAGACGGGGAAGGGAUGGAAUGAGAUGGAAUGA